GGCGUGGCGGUGGGCGUGGCCAGCCUCGCUCCUCCUCUCCUCCCCUUCUCCCCGUCAGACGUUGACGCCCCCUGCUGGGCAGCAUCGGCCUCGACCCCGGCCGGACCUUGCGUUCGAGGCUUUGUGGUGUCGGGAGACCCUCGACCUCCGACCCCUAGGCAUCCCCGUGCUGUGACGUCACCCUCCCGCUGUUGCCUUGGAAACAGCCUCCUGCUCGAGGGCGGGAGGGAGAGCAGCCGCCUAGGUGCAGAAGAGGCCUCAUUGGGAUCCCGAGGAGGCGGAAGCCUGGAGAGGGCCAUCGGAGGUGGCCCAGGGCCUGCAGAGCCUUGCCAGGGGGAGGAGGUCAGCCUCGGGAGCCCCGCUGUGCCCCCCCAGGAGUCAGUUGUGGCCCCAGAGUGGAGAUGUCUGUGCUGAGGAAGUACGAAGUGGCCCAGGAGACUGAGGAGGACAUUGUUCCCGGUCCCCAUGGCAUCCUGCUGCACAGAGCUGAGCCGUCACCUGCUGAAACCACAGCUCCUGAACAAGGUGAUCGGGGUGAACUUGCAGGAAGCCGGUGGGGACUGUCAUCUCCAGGCCUUUGUGCUGCACUUGAAACGCCGCUCCCUCUGCGUCCACCCCAAGAACCGCUCCCUGACCCACUGGUUUAAGCAGCUGCGGAAGCUGGGCCGGGAUCAUCUGAUUCCCCAAGGCGCGUGAGGCUGAGGCCCGGUCCCUCAGUAAAGUCGAGCUC